CCUGCGCCCUCCGCUGCAAGCACUGUGUUGCUCUGCCUUAGCUUGACUAAUUGGUCCACAGCACCUCUUGUUUCGUAUGUGUGAGAGACACUGAUUCAAAUCUGCCAAGGACCUAAGAGAUGUUUGGGGAAUUUACGCUACUGGCCUAAGGAGUGGAGCCGAGGAGAAGUUACAGACUCAAGAAGCGACAUGUUAUUCGCACGGAGGAGCGGCUGUCUUCACUUACAAACCGGUGAUAAGCUACUUGAAUGUUCCUGCACAGCUAGCAGGCUAACCUCGGAAAUGUUUACCGAGAUUUGCAUGUCGCUCGCUAGCGCCAACGACCGCGACUUGUAAAGUUCGCAAAUUCCAAACAAAGAUCCAUUUGGCUUCAAAUGCGUCUUAAACAUCAUGUAACGCUUGGAAUGGGUUAUAUUAAAUGUCGGGGGCUCUAAUGUUAGCAUGGGUCCCAGUUUCCCAGAAGAUCAAUAGUUUAGUGUUCACUGUCCAGUCAAGUGCUGUCUGCACGUCCUGGCGAGCAUUAUGUCUGGUGUUAUUUGUAGUUUGUCCAGUUAGUUGUUGGCGUUUUCGUUGCGUUUUGGAUUUUGAAGGCUUCAACGCUUAGUGGUCGAAAUGGAUGCUGGCUGAAAAUGAAAGGUAACGCUGCAUGAAUAGACGUGAGAAUCGGGCAUAUCGGUUGUAUCGGAUAAACUUCAGUCAGUCAGCGAAUGACUGACGAGAAGACUAAAUUGAUGAACAUUAGAAAUCGCCCACAUGCUUUGGAUCAGUUCCCGGACUUGUGAAAGGCAUCUGGAGCAGAAGGUGGCAGACUUGCAACCCGGGGGAAGAUGGCGGAGUUCUCCCACAAACGGUGGUAAAGCCAAAACUUUGGGACUUUUUGGAUUCAUCCCCCAACGUCUUCGACUACAUCUUAGGACACAUGCAGGCCAAAAAACGUUACUUAGUUUUGUUCUCCGCCGGCGCGUGUCUCCUUCUGCUGUUUUGUUUCGGGGGUAUUCAAGUCCCACUUUCCAAACGAGGUCUAAGCCGGCGUGAUGCGCGGACUCUUCAGGCCGGGGCGCGGUGGCGUCGCCCCCCCGGGGUCGUUCAAUCCUUCAGCGCCGGGGAUCGAGACCCCAAAGACGAUGCGAAUGGGUACAUAUCUCCUCGUCAAAAGAGAGACGCACUCCCUGACGUUUUUUCUGGACAACGCUGCAGAAUGGAGUCCUGCUUUGAUUUUUCUGUUUGUGAGAGAAAUGGCUUCAAAGUUUACCUCUAUCCCCAGCAGAAGGGCGAGAAGAUGUCAGAGAGCUAUCAGAACAUUUUGUCAUCUAUUGAAGGCUCCAGGUUCUUUACGCCAGACCCGGGCCACGCAUGUCUGUUUGUCCUGGGUUUGGACACUCUGGAUAGGGACCAGCUGUCCCCGCAGUAUGUGCACAACCUAAAGGCAAAAGUCCAGAGUCUUCCUUUGUGGAAUAACGGUAAAAACCACAUCAUCUUCAACUUGUACUCCGGCACCUGGCCUGACUACACGGAAGACCUGGGCUUCGACAUUGGUCUCGCCAUGUUGGCGAAGGCCAGCAUCAACACGGAGAACUUUCGGCCCAAAUUUGAUGUAUCCAUACCGCUUUUCUCGAAAGAACACCCCAGGACAGGAGGGGAACGGGGCUACCUUAAACAUAACACCAUCCCUCCGUUUAGGAAGUACAUGUUGGUGUUCAAGGGAAAGAGAUAUUUAACUGGAAUAGGCUCUGACACAAGGAACGCUUUGUAUCAUGUGCAUAACGCAGAGGAUGUGGUCCUUCUCACUACCUGCAAGCACGGGAAGGACUGGCAGAAGCACAAGGAUGCGCGGUGUGACAAAGACAAUACAGAAUAUGACAAGUAUGACUACAGAGAGAUGCUGUACAACUCCACUUUCUGUCUAGUUCCUCGAGGACGUCGGUUGGGUUCUUUUCGCUUUUUAGAGGCAUUGCAGGCAGCCUGUGUCCCCGUGAUGCUAAGUAAUGGCUGGGAGCUGCCUUUCUCGGAGAUCAUUGACUGGAACACUGCAGCUGUGAUUGGUGAUGAAAGGCUGCUUCUUCAGGUUCCCUCAACAGUUCGCUCCAUCCACCCGGAUACAAUUCUCUCCCUGAGACAGCACACCCAAUUCUUGUGGGAGGCCUACUUCAACUCUGUGGAGAAAAUAGUUUUGACCACACUGGAGAUCAUCCAGGACCGGGUGCUGCAGCACACCUCGAGGAGUAACCUCAUGUGGAACAGUCUGCCUGGAGGUCUUUUCACCUUGCCCCAGUACUCAACAUACCUUGGAGACUUUCCUUUCUACUACGCUAAACUUGGUAUCACGACAUACCCCAAGUUUACAGCUGUCAUUCACGUGGUGACCCCACUGGUCUCACAGUCCCAGCCAGUCAUGAAACUGCUUGCAGCUGUAGCCAAAUCACAGUACUGUGCGCAGGUGAUAGUUGUGUGGAACUGUGACAAAUCUCUUCCCGCCAAGCACCGCUGGCCUGUCACCUCAGUUCCUGUCAUUGUAAUAGAGGGCGAAAGCAAGGUUAUUAGCAGCCGCUUCCUGCCGUACGACACCAUCCCCACUGAUGCUGUGCUCAGUCUCGAUGAGGAUACUGUGCUCUCCACCACAGAGGUGGAGUUUGCCUUCACAGUGUGGCGAAGCUUCCCAGACCGUAUCAUUGGCUACCCAGCCCGUAGCCACUUCUGGGAUAGCAACAAGGAAUGUUGGGGCUACACUUCCAAAUGGACCAAUGACUACUCCAUGGUGCUGACUGGAGCUGCCAUCUAUCACAAAUACUACCACUACCUGUACACCACAUACCUUCCAGCCAGUCUGAAGACCAUGGUGGACCAGAUGUCAAACUGUGAGGAUAUUCUGAUUAAUUUCCUUGUGUCCUCUGUCACCAAGCUUCCCCCCAUCAAGGUCACCCAGAAGAAACAAUACAAGGAAACCAUGAUGGCUCAGAGCUCUCGGGCUUCUCGCUGGGCUGACCCGGACCAUUUUGCUCAGCGUCAGACUUGCAUGAACAAGUUUGCCAACUGGUUUGGCACCAUGCCACUGGUUCAUUCUCAGAUGAGACUCGACCCGGUCCUCUUUAAAGACCAGGUCUCCAUACUGAGGAAGAAGUACAGGGACAUCGAGAGGCUAUAACACUCCAGAGCCCCCCUGCUCUCUGGACAGAACGGUGAGAGAGUGUGAGGGGGAUGUCCAUUUCUUAUUUUGCAUAAAUGGAUCAAUGGAGAAGCAAUUGAAACUGAAACUGAAAUGUAGGGAGGAAGCAGAGAUUUUGCGGACACUGCACACACUUUGUGUCCGCUGUAUGGCAUCUUAUGUUUGCUCUCUCAUGUUUUGGGCAGUAGCAGAGCGUGCAACUCCUUCUCCAAUUGAAGGCACUGAAGGCCUAAAACUUCCUGACCUUAAACUGGAAUUACCAAAGUCCUGGAAUUGGAUAUCAUCGCUUUCUUAACUGCCCCAUUUCAAAAUCAACCAAACUACUGCAGCACCCUGCAACUGUUCCCCUCAGUACACUAUGCACACGUUCAUGAACAUUUUGCUGAUUUUAUAAUGGUCAGCGCUAGUCUAGUUUCUAUAUUCUACAGAAGAGGAUGACACUAUUUUGGAUGUGUUUUUACAGUUCUAGGUGUUUUUUAAUGGAGUGCUGCUCCUGCUGUUUCACAAGCAGUGACAGAGUGGAUGAGGAGACCAAUGACAAGCCCUUCACCACAGUUAGGAUCGUAUUCUGCACAGUGCCUCAACAUUACCCUUUUCAUUUGGGAGUCCAAAUAAAAAGUCGUGAUCCAAAAUGAGCAUCUCGCUGCUUUUACUUGUAUUUUCCUCAUAAUUGGUGAUCUUUUUUUAAAGUCCUUAUUAACUGACAGGGAAAUACUAUAAUUGGAUUUAAUAUCUAAGAAACAAACCUAAUUGUGAUUGGUGUUCUUUGGCAACUUGAGAAGACCAUUAGCUGCCUGCAAAGUUCUACGAUACAGUAUUCACUCUGUGGCCAAAGAUAUUCACAUCCCAGUUUGCUGAUUUAGCCACUAAAAUCUAUUCCAUUCAUCAAUAUUGUCUGACGAGUGAACAAAGGUACUUGAAUAUAUGCUGGCUUGAACAAUAAUAGGAGAUCAAACCAAUGUGGAAGUUUUGCGAGUGGAGUUUUUAAAAAAUAAAAGCAAUACUUCAUCACGUACAGUCAUUGACAACCAUAUUUCAUUUAGUCCGUUGACAAGUAUGGAAGUUGCUCAGGUCCACUAGUACUCAAACUCUGUUUUGUGUUUUGGUUCUAAAGAGAGUAGCUCUGACUAUCCUAACAUGAUAUCUGACCAAGUGUUUGAUGUUAUUCUUAUUUCGACUGACUGCUCAGAAAAUUCAAAUUUAUACAACACAGCACUAAUUCUCAACUCUUUAAAAGACCGUUUUUGUGAUUGACCUUGGCUUUGUACCACUGGACACAUUACAUUUAGCAUACCAGUUUUAAUACCAAGAUAUUUGGGAGUACUGGGAGUAGUCCAUAAUUCAAUAAUCCCCCUAAAUAUACAUUAAUAUCAUCAGUCAUUUUUGUUAUUUUUUUAAGUUCUCAAUUUUUUUAUGCACUCAACCAAUUUGUGUGGACACACCUGUGACUCCAAACUUUGACUUAUACAAGCUUUCCAUUUCUGCGUUCAGGUGACAUAUCAGAAAGUGUAAUGUGACUGAAUUAACAUAAUUUUACAACUGCAUAAUCAAGAUAAAGCAAAACAGAUGUUUACGAUGUAAGCCAGUAACACUUCUUAGUUCAUCAGUUUUCAGUUUCCAGAAUGUUAUUAUACUCCAUUAACUUCAACCCUCUACACUUCACCCCAGUAUGUGCCAAUAUUUUUUUUUGUUUUUACAUCACUGAUACUGUAUGGGGAAUGCCAUGUAUUCCUAUAGUUAUUGGGUUGUUUUGAAUGUUUCUGUGAGAGUGUGUUCUCCUUCAGAGAAUGUGCUAUUUGUUGUUAAGCAACAGUUCUUGUAUUGCUAAACCCAAUGCUAUCAAGAGUGAAGACAGGUGCAAUAUUAAAGAUGAUUUAGUCUUUUUUUCCUUCUGUUGUUUUAGAGGCUGUUAUAUAUACUGUAUAUAUUAAUGUGCCUUCAGAAAAACAUUCUUCCCUUAAGCCUUUUUGUGUGUGAGCCAAUUACCAUUGGUUUUAAUUGUAUUAAUCAAUAUCCAUUCAUAUGUAAAGACAGUUAUUAAACACAAGAAUGCUCUGAAGCACAUCUGUUACUGACAUUCCAACUUGUUCUCUUUUUCUGAACAUUUUGUGAUUCUGUGUGAUUGACACUGACAUAUGCAGUAUAUAUACUGCCUUGUAUUUUAUUUGUGAGACCCAAGUGGCGUCAUACAUCUCCUUAUUUUCUGUUCUUGCAGUGCAUAUUAUCAUAAUGCCAUCGUCACUUCAAAUACUACAUUUGCAGAGACUGAUAUGGAAAGACACAAAAAUCACAUUUUUGUACAAUUUUCUAAAAUAAAGUGCAAAAUCAAGGAAUAAAACAUUUUAAAUAAA